AUUUGUGUUUGUGUCUUUUCUUCAAUUAUUUUAUAUUAGGAGAAUAUUUCUAGGACUAUUAAUUUGAAAGUUACUUAAUAAUUCAUUGUUAAAAUUUGCCAGCUGGGUUGGUACAGUAGUCAUUAAGUUUUUAGGUUAAUUUAAUUUAACGCGUUUUGUGUGACCAUUGGACUUCAAGUUGUAAAUCAUCUGACAUCUGAUUACAUUGUUAGGUUUGUUUAUGCGGAAAUAAAUAUUUACAAGUUGCAUCUAUAUUGUUAAAAACUUUCGAAAGCUAUCAACAAUUUUGAAAAUUCAAAAUUGAGCUUGAUUAAGCGAUCAGGUAACAAUUAAAUGAAACGUACAAUCACAAACAAUUUGAACUAAAGCUUACUGCACAUAAAAUAUACAAAGUAUUAAUAAAAAAGAGCAAAAGCUAGGAUCAAACAUUAUAAAACAGAUCUCUGUAUUUUAGAAUCAAAACAAACUGCGCUAUAAUAUAUAAAGUAUAAACAUCAUUCCACUACCAAUCGUCAACUGACUGGAAAUGACAGACGACGUGAACACUGGUGCGGUGAAGUUGGAGCGCAAGAUCACUCUAAUCAACGGCAUAACAGUAAUUGUUGGUAGUAUCAUCGGCUCAGGCAUCUUCGUCAGUCCCAAAGGAGUUCUCCAGGAGGUCGGCUCUGUUGGGCUUUCCCUCAUUGUGUGGCUGGCUUGUGGGGUCUUCUCUAUGAUUGGAGCUUACUGCUACACUGAAUUAGGCACUUGCAUUGUAAAGUCAGGAGCGGACUACGCAUACAUAGGGGAGGCAUUUGGAUCUCUACCUGCUUUCUUGAGACUCUGGGUGGAAUGUAUGAUCGUCAGACCCUGUUCGACUGCAGUCGUCGCCCUCACGUUUGCCAAUUACGUCAUCGAGCCACUUUUUCCGGAGUGUGAGCAGCCGGAAACAGCCGUUCGUCUUUUGGCGGCAAUUUGUAUUGCAAUCCUGUCAGUUGUGAAUGCACUGGACGUGAAGUGGUCCAUGAGAGUUCAGGAUGUUUUCACGUACGCAAAACUCCUGGCUCUCUUCCUAAUCAUUAUCACUGGAUUCGUACAAAUGUUUCUCGGACACGUAGAACACUUCCAAGAUCCUUUUGAAAACUCAAAGAUAGGAGUUGGAUCGCUGGCGAUAGCAUUCUACCAAGGACUCUUUGCUUAUAAUGGAUGGUCUGUGAAUUAUUUGAAUUACGUCAUUGAAGAGCUCAAAGAUCCUUAUAAGAAUCUACCACUGGCGUCAUGGAUAUCAACUAUCUUGGUCACUGUCGUAUAUUUCUUUGCAAAUGUCGCCUACUUCUCGGUCAUCUCGCCCCAGGAGAUGAUCGCUUCAGAAGCCGUGGCAGUGACCUUUGCUCAGCGCAUGUAUGGAGUCAUGGCUUGGGUCAUGCCGGUCUUCGUAGCCCUGUCAACCUUUGGCGGGGUUAAUGGCAUCUUAUUUACUACCUCGAGGUUAUUCUAUGUUGGCUCUCGGGAGGGCCACAUGCCCCAGGUCCUCAGCUACGUGCAAGUCAGAAGGCUCACCCCGGCACCCGCUGUCAUAUUUAUGGGGUUAUUUUCAUGUAUCUACCUGGUCUCGACGGACAUGUACAAACUCAUCAACUAUGUCUCUUUCGUCAACUGGCUCGCUAUCGCCAUCUCAAUCGUCUCCCUGCUCUACUUCAGGUACACCAAACCGGAUAUGAAUCGACCGAUCAAGGUGUGGAUUGUAUGGCCGAUAUUGUACGUACUCGCAUCGGCGUUCAUCAUCUUGGUACCUAUGUUUACAUCGCCCGUUGAAACAGGUAUGGGCUGUUUGAUCAUAGCCACGGGCAUUCCAGUCUACGUCAUAUUUGUGCAGUGGAAGUCGAAACCAAAAAAAUUCAACCAAUUAAUCGAUAACAUCACGUUAUUUACUCAGAAGCUUCUCUUGGUCGUACCAGAAGAUACGGUAAAAGAUUUGUAGACACACGCACACAAACAAACAAACACACACGCACACAAACAAACACACACAUGUGUGAACAUUGUGUACAGCUGAUAUUAUUACAAUUAUCCAAUAGCUUAGGUGACCAGCGGCCAUUCUGUAGAAAUUAAAUGGCCCCGUUAUUGGCGUUGAAUUUGUGUAGUUAGUGUUGUAAGCAACAGUUCUGUUCUGUGACACUUUCAUUUGUAGAUGUUGUAUUAGAAUAAUAGUGUUUGUUUUGUAUGUACAUUAGUGCAUUCACAUACGUUUGAUGUGCACACACACACAUCACACACACACACACCUUAUCACGAGCAAAAUACAUACAUACACAAAGAACAUAACACAUGCUAUAAAAAUAUCUCAUAUAAUAAAAUUUUAAAAAUUUUAGUAUAAGAAUUGAACUAUAGUACUCGAAAAUAAUAUCAAUUGGAAGGCUUUUACGUCUUGUGGAUGUGUAUUAUACACUCACCAAUAAGUAACUAAUUACUUAUUUUUUGUAAUUUAUUUAUUAAUUUAUUAUUUCGUGUGAAAUAUUAA